CCCUUUUACUCGUGCUCCCGGUGAACGCCGCCUAAGUUGCCUUUCGCGAUCGGUCGCGCCUGGACGAGUGCUCCGCUCACUCUGCGUCUCCGCCGUCGCACACAGGGCCCCACGUCGGCCCACAGCCUGACGGCGCACGCAAGCAGCCAUGCGGCCCUCCGCGAUGCUCGCCGGCCUGUCCCUGCUGGCCAUCUGCCUGGCCGGCGUGGCCGCGCAGUCCUCCAUGCCCGAGGAGGGCGACACGCGACCUAGCGUGCCAGCCCCGAAGACGACGACGCCCAGAGCCGCGGUCACCAGGGUGCCCACCAAGUCGACUACCAAAGACCCCGGGCCGGACCCACGAAACCCGUUCAAGUACUAUGCACGAAGGCAGGAGAAACUCGUCAAGACGCUCAUGAAGACCAUCACCGAGCACGUGACGCCGCAGUUCUUGGGAGACAUCUCGCAGCUCAAUCUCACCGGCGACUGCACCUACGGAUUAUUCAAGAUGAUCUUCGGCGUCAAGCAGCUCAAGCCGUGGGCCAUAAAAAUGCUGGACGCGAGCGGGAAAAUGCCUGACGGACUGUUCUACGGUUCACUGGCCGCAUUCGGAGACAUGGGCGAAUGCCUACACGUGCGGGCCAUCAACCGGCGUCUCAACGGAAAACUUGAAGAGUACUUCCAGGGCCAGUACUGCGCUCUGAACAUCCGCUUCAAGCUACCGCCAAAGCCAGCCCGAUAUAGCCCCAAGACAUACCUGAGGAAUCUUACCGAUGAGGUGCCUCUCUAUAAGCAUCUCCUAGGAGACGUGUCGGUGGGUUACUUCUACUUCACGCCCAUCCGGAUGGCACUGUGCGUGCCUUCGACGUGCACGCAGACUGACAUCCAGACAUUGGGAAGCGCCGUUGGAGAUUUGGCACAACUGGACGUGUCAGUGCCCUUCUGUGAGAAACUAAAGCCGACCGAGUACACGACGCUCCAGCUCAUUGCCAUGGGCAUCUUGGCGUUCUUCUUCUGCCUGGUGUUGCUGGGCACGUUCCUAGAUGUGGCACCAAGGUUGCUGAACAGCUGGAUCAGUCACGAUAACGCAUCCCAGUGCUCGGAGAAGGAGAAGGUGAUGAACAAUAACGUCGUGCUGGACGUCCUUCUGUCGUUCUCUGCCUUCUCGAACGGCAAGCGGCUGCUGAGCACGCGCACGGCCAUCGGGGUGCUGGAGCCGCUGCACGGCAUGCGCGUCAUCACCAUGGCCUGGAUCAUCCUGGGACACACGUUCUUCUACAAGAGCUACGUGCUUUCAGGCGGCCUCUUCGAAGCGCUCGAGUAUGGCAAGUCGUUCCCCUUCCAGAUUGUCCUCAACGUGUUUCCUGCCGUCGAGACCUUCGUCACCAUGUCCGGCAUUUUGGUGGCAUAUAGCAGCCUGCACAAGCUUGAGAAGCGCCAGGGUUCUUUCAAUCCAUUCAGCUAUUUUCUCCAUCGGUAUCUAAGGUUAACACCGGCCUUCAUACUAGUGUCUCUUCUGAUGAUCUUGCUGCCCCUCACCGGUAGCGGACCAGUCUGGAACGAAACUCUGCAACCAUUCGCAAAAGCCUGCGAGAAAAGGUGGUGGACGAAUAUUCUCUACAUCGGCUCGUGGUUCCACAGAGAAGACAUGUGCUUGCCUCACGGAUGGUACCUUUCGUGCGACAUGCACUACUACAUCAUUGCCCCCAUCAUAUUCAUGCUGAUGUUCAGGAGGCCGUCGGUGAGCUUCGCGCUGCUGGCCAUUCUAGGGGCCUCGUCCGUCAUCGCUGUUGGUGUGCUCACGUACAUCUGGCAGUUCCCGCCCAUCCCCAUAUUUGUGGACCCCGAUCCAGAUCACUUCAACGAAUACAUGAGCUUCAUCGGAUACCGGCCGUACACGCACCUCACAUCCUUCUGCAUCGGCAUGGCCACAGGCUACUUCCUUUACAAGAACAAAACGUUGCACAUCAACAGGGUGGCACGUCUGCUGGGCUGGCUAGCCGCGGCGCUGGUGAACAUGACGGUGGUCUUCGGCGUGUACAACUGGAACGCGUACGAGGCGCCAUCGCUCUCCGUGGCCGUGGCGUACGCGGCGCUCAGCCGCGCUGCCUGGGCGUUCGGCAUCGCCUGGAUAGUGGUCGCCUGUGCCACCGGCAACGGAGGCUUCAUCAACGAGGUCUUGUCGUGGCGGGCCUUCGUGCCACUGAGCCGGCUAACCUACCUCGUGUACCUGGUGCACCCGCUGCUCAUACUGUGGCACACCGCCUACCUCAAGAAGCCCUUCUACACCACGCAGUUCUUUGUGGGCUACGUCUACCUGGGCCACCUGUUCUCGGCCUACUGUCUCUCCUUCUCGCUGAGCUUGACUUUCGAGUCGCCUUUCAUCUUGCUCGAGAGGAUACUUCUGGGAAAGUCAGCCCGCCAAAUGGGCUAUCAACCGGAGAAGACAGACAAGAUCUUGGCGCGGGACUUUUCCAAGAACCCGGACUCGCUCACUACCAAGGCGUUCGAGAAUGGCUCCAGCAGCUGCGGUGUUUAAGUGCGACAUCACGAGGAUGCGCGUGCGCACAUCUUUCGUCGAUUGCAUUCUCCACGAGGAAGCCGUGCACGCUUCACAUCGUGCCUCCUAUGUGCUUGCUCAAAGGACGUCCGCAGGGAACUGGCCUCAAGUGAUACAGGGCUGAGAACUCCUCCAGAUGGAUGCUCGUUUUUAAAACUAUGCAGGGUGUGUGCGUGCUUUCAGUUCUUUUUUCUUUUUUUUUUUUUUUUGCUAGCUCCAUUUUUUUCUUUUCUAUGUAGUCGUGUUAAUUAGGCUUGUUUUCGUAUUUGUGGCACCAGAGAAGCAGAAGUCACCAGCGGAAGCGGCGCGAUGUGAGUCGGCGUGUAACUUUAUUAGCAUAUUUGGUGGUUAACUUUCUAAUUAUUCAAUGUGCGAAAAAAGCAGAAAGUGUUGCAGCACAAUCACAGGUUUACCCGCGGCGCAGCGCCGAGCGCUGUGCUGCACCAACAACUCUGCUGCUUUUGUUGCCUAACACUGAACAUAACUGUGGGCGCACAAAACCUAAUUGAUGACACCAUUCUAUCGAAGUAAUCACACAGAGUAAGGGAAAUGAAAGCGACACGCUUCCGUCGCCCUUUCCCGCGAAACAGCGAAUCAAGAGCGCGGCUUGUGUACACACUCUACACAAGAAGCUGCGCUCGCUUUCAUUACGUCUCUUUUCGCUUCCCGCUCUCGCGAGGAAGUCACUCUUUGUGCAGUUGCGUGAAAUGUGGCGCUAGCAUCAAAGAUCCGUCAAGACAGUUACGCUGUAAUAUCUCGAAUUGUCGCCCACACACAUUUGCUUGCGAAAUAUCAACUGCACAAAAUUCAGCGAGGCUUUCAUACAAAUGUGCUACGUUUUUGCCUGUGGCACUGCAUGGUCAGCGAUGCUUUUGCAGGGGCAGAAGCUUUGUGCCACAGCUUACUUUACCCGUGGAAAUUAAAGGGGUCCUGAACCACCCCUCGGGCUUGGUGAAAAAGCACAGUCCGCGGAUAGCAUAUGCUGCCGUGAACAUAUCAGCCAAAUUUUGCAGUCGUACGCGGCGCGUCACCUUUUUUUCUCAAACGCUCUCUCUUCAACAGGAGUCUUCUCGUUAUUCUUUUCGGCCUCCAUAUUUCGUCACGUAGCAUAUUCCCGUACGUAGCUGCUAUUGGCCAAUAGGUGACAUCAAUCAAGAAGGGCGUUUGGAUCAGUGCGCUUCUUCCUACUGUUACUGUGUAUAUUUAUUGACGCAGUUUAAUAAACAAGCUGAAGUAAAAA